UAAAAUUAGUAUUUAUUAUUAAUAUCUUUGAACAGAGCACACACACUGUCUCACCACUCUCAUCACUUCAAAUCCAUUUCUCUGCCGCUCUCGUUUCCGACAACUUCCAUUACAGAAUAUCUCCGGGUUUUGGAAAUGGAACUUGAGGAGAAAGUGAUUAUCGAAGCCUCCGCUGAUUCUCCGACUUCGGUGCUUGAGGAAGAGGAUGCAUGUGAUAUAAAGACUGAGGUAAAAUUGGAGGAAGAGAUCAUUGCUGAUGCAGAAAAUGGAGAUUCCUUGCUCGUAUCCAAAGCCAUGUUGGAGGAGGAAGAAAAGUUGCUGGAAGCUCGGGUUAAGGAAGAGGAAGAGAAAAGGAACAAAGAGUCAGAAACACCGAACUUGAAUGAUAGUCAAUUUACCAAACUGGAUGAGCUUCUGACACAAACCCAACUGUUCUCUGAGUUCUUGCUCGAAAAAAUAGAUGACAUCACAAAUAAUGGCAUCGAGCAGGAGCCAGAAACCACUGAAAAAAAGAAGAGAGGUGGUAGGAAACGGAAAAAUGCUACAAAUUACAAUACGGGGAAGGCCAAGAGGGCAGUUGCAGCUAUGCUUACUAGGUCAAAAGACGAUGAGACAGCUGAUGAUAUGAAUCUCACUGCAGAAGAAAGAAUGGAGAAAGAGCAAACAGAACUUGUUCCUUUGUUGACUGGUGGAAAACUAAAAUCUUAUCAAAUUAAAGGUGUGAAGUGGUUGAUCUCAUUAUGGCAAAAUGGUCUCAAUGGUAUACUAGCAGAUCAAAUGGGACUCGGAAAGACUAUUCAAACCAUUGGUUUCUUGGCUCAUUUAAAAGGGAAGGGUUUGGAUGGGCCCUAUUUAGUGAUUGCACCACUUUCUACACUUUCAAAUUGGAUGAAUGAAUUUUCAAGGUUUACACCUUCAGUGAAUGCUAUUAUCUUUCAUGGUGAUAAGAAGCAAAGAGAUGAGAUCCGUAGGAAGCACAUGCCUAAAGCAAUUGGCCCUAAAUUUCCCAUAGUUAUUACUUCUUAUGAAAUAGCAUUGGCUGAAGCAAGAAAAACGUUGAGGCAUUAUAAUUGGAAAUAUGUAGUGGUUGAUGAGGGGCACAGGUUGAAAAAUUCUAAGUGCAAAUUGUUUAAGGAAAUGAAAUUGUUGCCUAUGGAGAACAAGCUUCUAUUGACUGGGACACCUUUGCAGAAUAAUUUGGCAGAGUUGUGGUCAUUGUUGAACUUUAUUUUGCCUGAUAUUUUUUCGUCUCAUGAAGAAUUUGAGUCAUGGUUUGAUUUGUCUGGAAAAUGCAAUGGUGAGGAGGGGCAGGAAGAGAAAAGAAGGGCUCAAGUGGUAGCAAAACUGCAUUCAAUAUUGCGUCCUUUUAUACUUCGAAGAAUGAAGUCUGAUGUUGAGUUGAUGCUUCCUCGAAAGAAAGAGAUCAUAAUAUAUGCUACUAUGACAGAAUUUCAGAAGAAUUUUCAGGGUCAUCUGGUCAACAAGACAUUAGAGAAUUAUUUAUCUCAAGAGGGGGGACAUGCUCACUGUAAUCGUGGAAAGCUUAACAACUUGGUUAUUCAACUUCGGAAGAACUGCAACCAUCCUGAUCUUUUACAAGGAGCAUUUGAUGGCUCAUACUUAUAUCCACCCGUCGAGCAGAUAGUUGAGCAGUGUGGCAAAUUUCGUUUGUUGGAUCGACUUUUGGUCAAGCUAUUUGCUCGGAAGCAUAAGGUCUUGAUCUUCUCUCAGUGGACUAAGAUUUUGGAUAUAAUGGAAUAUUAUUUUAGCGAAAAAGGUUUUGCUGUUUGUCGAAUUGACGGCAGUGUGAAACUUGAUGAAAGGAGGAGACAGAUUCAGGAGUUCAAUGACCUCAAUAGCGAAUUCAGAAUUUUCCUUUUAAGCACCAGAGCUGGUGGGUUGGGUAUCAACCUUACAGCUGCUGAUACCUGUAUCCUCUAUGACAGUGAUUGGAACCCCCAAAUGGAUUUGCAAGCCAUGGAUAGAUGCCACAGAAUUGGUCAGACCAAGCCUGUUCACGUUUACAGGCUUGCAACAGCUCAAUCAGUUGAGGGUCGUAUGUUGAAAAGAGCUUUUAGCAAGUUGAAGCUUGAGCACGUGGUGAUUGGGAAAGGGCAGUUUCAACUAGAAAGACCAGCUCAGAAUAGUUCUGAUGUUGCGGAGGAAGAUGAUCUAUUGGCUCUUCUCCGAGAUGAAGAAAGUGCAGAAGACAAGUUGAUUCAAACUGAUAUCAGUGAUGAAGAUUUGGAAAAGGUGAUGGACCGCAGCGAUCUGGCUUUGAACACAGUUGCUGUCGAUGCAGAGAAGACUAACGGCACAGCUGCAGUAUAUCCCCUUAAAGGCCCGGGUUGGGAGGUUGUCUUACCUACUACAAGUGGAGGCAUGCUUUCUAGUCUUUCUAGUUAAAAUUACCUAAUUAGCGAACGGAACUUGGCGGAGGAAGAGUGAUUUGAGAUUGGUUUCGGUUAUUUUGAGUUGGCCCAGAGUAUUUAAUCCCAUUUAUUAUCAAUGUUUUUUGAGAGCAAAGUGUGCUCUGCUCUGUUAGGAUAAAUGGGUUCAUUAUAAUUUUUGUAAAUGCUCAAAAGGCUAUUCUUAAUUUUCUUACACUCCAAGAAAACCAAACAUUGGUUCAAAAUUUUGUAUUGGAACAUGAAAGUUCCACACCCGGCACAGCCACUCUUUGCAAGUCUUUUACUAAGACUAUUAUCAAUCUAAUAGAUUUAUUAGUUAGAAAUUACUGAAAAA